AUGUCUAAUGCAACGAGAGUAAGCUUGAAUUUAGUCAGAUAUAUUAUUCCCGGUCGAAAUUCUUCAAAAUCAUUUUCAGCUUUGAAAAAUGGUCCAUUCCAACUACCACACACUGUGUAUUACUUCUUGCUGAUUCGACCAAUGAUAACAGUGGCCCCUCUCUAUCACCAUAUCAGCAGUAGAAGUCUGGGCAGUGCAUCAGGUGGCAGUAGCGGUGUUGGUAGUGGUAGAGACCAGAAAGGUGGUGGCCCAGCCAGUAGUGGAAGUGGUGGUGGGGGAGGCGAUAAAAAAGGUGGUUCCAACCAACUCUGUUGUCCUAAAUGUGGAGACCCAUGUACUCAUGUAGAGACAUUUGUCUCAUCUACAAGAUUUGUCAAAUGUGAAAAGUGUCACCACUUUUUCGUUGUGUUAUCUGAAGCAGAUUCAAAGAAGAGUUUCAAAGAAAACAAAGAUGACCGAACAGGACUAAAAAAGAAGCCACCACCUCCACCCAAAAAGAUUUAUGAAUAUUUGGAUAAAUAUGUAAUUGGUCAGGAAUAUGCCAAGAAAGUUCUCUCUGUUGCUGUGUAUAAUCAUUAUAAGCGAAUUUAUAAUAAUCAGCCUCCCCCACCACCAUCAGCCACAAAAAGCACGCAAGAAGCCACGUCAACUGUAGAAAACUCCCGCCAAUUUCCAAAUACCUUCACACCUAGAGAUUUAUUACAGAUUGCAGUUACUGGAAGUGCUCCAAGUCUCCAGCAGCAACAACAACAACAACAGCAGCCACCACAGUCUAUUCAUCACUUGGGUGAUGACAACCUGCAAGGCUCAGUUGUGUUGGAUUCAAAUACUUAUGAUUUCAAAUUGGAGAAAAGUAAUAUCCUUAUGUUGGGACCAACAGGUUCAGGUAAAACCUUGUUAGCCCAGACUCUUGCCAAAUGUUUGGAUGUUCCAUUUGCAAUCUGUGACUGCACUACUUUGACUCAGGCAGGUUAUGUGGGAGAAGACAUAGAAUCUGUGAUAGCAAAGCUUUUGCAAGAUAGCAACUACAAUGUUGACAAAACACAACAAGGAAUAGUAUUCCUUGAUGAAGUGGAUAAAAUAGGAAGUGUUCCUGGCAUCCAUCAGCUUCGAGAUGUUGGAGGAGAAGGUGUGCAGCAGCCCUCCCAACUUACUUUCUCUCUCUCUCUCGUGUUUCCUCUCUCUCUCUCGUGUUUCCUCUCUCUCUCGUGUUUCCUCUCUCUCUCUCGUGUUUCCUCUCUCUCUAAAUUUUUCUCUCUCUCUAAAUGUUUCCUCUCUCUCUCUAAAUGUUUCCUCUCUCUCUCUCUGUUUCUCUCUCUCUCUCUCUUGUUUCCUCUCUCUCUCUCUUUUCCUUUCUCUCUCUCUCUCUCUCUUGUGUUUCCUCUCUCUCUCUCUCUCUUGUUUUUCCUCUCUCUCUCUCUCUCUUGUGUUUCCUCUCUCUCUCUCUCUCUCUCUCUUGUGUUUCUCUCUCUCUCUCUCUCUUGUUUUCCUCUCUCUCUCUCUUGUUCCUCUCUCUCUCUCUCUCUUGUGUUUUCUCUCUCUCUCUCUCUCUUGUGUUUCCUCUCUCUCUCUCUCUCUUGUGUUUCCUCUCUCUCUCUCUCUCUCUCUUGUUUCCUCUCUCUCUCUCUCUCUCUCUUUCCUCUUCUCUCUCUCUCUCUCUCUCUUGUGUUUCCUCUCUCUCUCUCUCUCUUGUGUUUCCUCUCUCUCUCUCUCUCUUGUGUUUCCUCUCUCUCUCUCUCUCUCUUGCCCUCCCAUUCUCUCUCUCUUCAUCCUAGAUAA